AUGUGGGACCAGCUACAGCCAACUGGCCCUCACGUCUCCUACCUGGUAUUCUCUACAUUUCUAUUGUUAUAUGCCCUUUUCUCUCAAUUCAUCAGAAGCAGCCUCCAUCUCUCGGAACCGCCUCUCGCCGUCCUCUUCGGCAUCAUCCUCGGCCCGUACUGCUUACAAUGGAUCACGCCUCAGGGCUGGGGGAUUGACCACCAUGUCACACAUGAACUCACCCGGAUCAUUGUUGGGAUCCAAUGUUUCGCCGUAGGCAUCGAGUUGCCGAAAUUCUAUUUUACUCGGCAUUGGGCUUCCGUGUUCUACAUGUUGGGACCGAUCAUGACCUUUUCCUGGGCUAUCACUGCUCUAUUCGCAUACCUCAUUUUCAAGAUUAGUCUUCCUGCGGCUUUGAUUAUCGGGGCAUGUUUAUCACCCACGGACCCAGUGCUUGCUGCAAGCAUCUUCUCAAAAUCGAAAUUCAGUGAGAGGGUUCCAAGGAGGUUGAAGCAUUUGCUAUUAGCAGAAUCGGCUUGCAACGAUGGCAUCUCCUUCCCAUUCCUAUACAUUGGAAUCAUGGCCAUAAAUUACUCCACCGCGGGAAUAUCAAUCAAAGAGUGGUUCUUAAUCACCAUUUUGUGGCAAUGCACCCUAGGUCUCGCCCUCGGCUUGGUUAUAGGACGCUGUGCCAAUUGCCUUCUCCGCAUCUCCGACGACAGAGGAUAUAUCUCCAGUCCAUCAUUCAUCGUCUUCUACCUCCUUCUCGCCAUGCUCACCAUAGGCGUUGGGUCAACACUCGGCAGCAAUGACUUCCUAGUAGCCUUCGGCGCUGGUGUAGGCUUUGCCCAUGAUGGUUGGUUUUGGGAGAGAACUCACUCGCUCCCCUUCCCUAACAUCAUAAACUUGAUUCUCAACAGCAGCAUGUUCGUCUUCUUUGGCUCUAUAAUACCAUUUCAGAAAUUCGCUCCAAGGGAUAUAGCACCCAAUUGGGGCAUAUGGCAACUUCUCUUAUUCCUUUUCCUAGUCCUAUUCUUUCGUCGCAUCCCAAUUGUACUGGCUUUGCAGCGCCUCAUUCCCGACAUUCGAACAUGGCGCGAGGCCCUCUUCUGCGGACAUUUUGGGCCGAUGGGUGUAGGAGCUUUAUUCCUUGCCAUGGAAUCGCGGGAAAAGCUAGAGAGGGAUACUAAUACGAACCCCGGAGACUCACCGCCAUCUAAUGACAGGUCCGAGGCCAUUCGAGUCAUCUGGCCAGUGAUCUGUUUUGUGGUGUUAGGUAGUACAAUGGUACAUGGACUGAGUAUGUUGGUCAUCUCCUUAGCUAGGCAUUUUGGGAGGCAGGACCCUGAAAGGGCGCCGCUUCUAGGGACCGAGACGGAGGGAUUAGGUAGAGUGGUGCAUGGGGGCGGAGGAAUGGAGAGUGACCUGGAUAUAAGUGGAAGUGAGACCGAGAGUCAGGACGGUAGUGAAUGA